UCUCCAUACGCGUGCCUUCCCUACUUACCUAUAACUCCUCAGAUUGCUCAUCAAUACACAUUCUCUCUAGAAACCAGCAGCUUCACACCCUUUCUCUCUACAUCUACAUACUUCUCUCUCUCUCUCUCUCUCGAGCUUUGCUAUCAAUGGCUCGUACCAAGCAAAUAGCACGCAAGUCCACCGGAGGCAAGGCUCCAAGGAAGCAAUUCGCCACCAAGGCCAAUAGGAGGUCGGCAUCGGCCGCCAAAGGAGUGAAGAAGCCCUACCGCUUUCGUUCCGGCACGGUGAUGCUUCGCGAGAUCAGGAAGUACCAGAUGAGUAUAGAGCUCCUGAUCCGAAAGCUUCCAUUCCAGAGGCUCGUGCGUGAGAUCGCACAGGACUUCAUGACCGAUAUAAGUUUCCAGAAUAGUGUCGUUACGGUACUCCAAGAGGCGGCAGAGGUGUUUGAACAGCUUGAAACUUCGCUGGUGAUGCUCCUGGAACCUGCGUGAAAACAGAUUUGGCGCCUCUCUCCCUUCUCCGACUUCGUCAAGCUCCAGAUUCGAAGUCCAUCACGAUCUCGAAGAAUUCAAUGCCUUGGAUUCGACGAU